UGAGGAACUGUCCGAGCAGAAGUCUCAGCAGCAGUGUUUCACUUCCGAAGCUUUUCGUUCAGCUGUGACAAGAGAUUAAUCCUCAUAUUGUUGGAGAAGCGGCUCGGGAAUGGAUUUGUGGGGCUGGGAGUUUUCAUUCCUUGUUUUGCCACAGUGUGCUCCUGGCACAGGCAGGCUGAUGAUGCUUCUCCCCCUGCAAUUCAGUACCCUGUGGAGGGGAGGUGGGGUACUGCAGAAGUCCCUCUUGAGAACCAAAGCGUGGCAGCAUGGCUCUGCCUUGCAAGCUCAUUAAGUGAAUAAAUCUCAGGGAUGCUUGGUUCAGAUGGGGCUCUUGCAGGAAAAUUUAUAAAGUCAUUAAAAACAUUUUAAUGGAAAGUACUAACCAUCUAUAACACGGCAUCUGUUGUCAUGUCGUUUGAAAAACACAUCUAAAUUAAGAGGAUGGGAGACAGUGAGACAGACUGGUGGGCUUUCUGCUGAAACAGCCAGCUGGCCAGGGCUGUGAGGGAAUAUUGGUGGAAACUCCUUCCCAUCUGUAGCAUCAGGCCAGGCCUUGGCUCCCUGGACUGCUCUGGGAGCAUGAGGCAGAGCUGUCUUUGGCAGGAAUCAGUUCAGGGAGGAGUAGAGAGGGAAGAGAGGAGCAGCUCUGUGGUGUUUCCGUCUCAUCUCAUCCCUCAGCAGGUGUGAAGACAGAGAGUUUGUGGGGAAAGCGUGGAGGAACAUCUGCAAGGAGCUUUGGCAUCUCUGCACUUACACAGUCUGGCCUGGAGAGGAGAGAAUGUCCUCUGCUGUUAAAAUGUGGUGAAAUGGGCAGGGCAGUGAAGGGAAAUAAAUUUGAGGUGGUUCAACAUGGCAUCAGCAGCCUCACAUUCCCUGUGGGAGAGGGAAACAACCUGGAUCCUGCUUCAUUUUUGCUGGGGUGUUUCAGCCCUGAUGGACAAUGGCAGUUGCAGCGGCCAACAUGGAUUUUUUCUUCGUCUGCCCUUUUCUGCUGGUGCUGCUGCUGUCCCGAGGCAGCUUCGCAGACCUGGAAAAACAGAGGGUAGACUCUGGCUUGGAAAUCUAUAAGAAGCUGUUUGAGGUUAAGCGCAAGGACCAGAUGAAUGCGCUGAAGAAUCUGAUUGAGCUCAAUGACGUCAACCAGCAGUACAAAAUCAUUGACAUCAUGCUCAAGGGACUCUUCAAAGUGCUGGAGGAUUCUCGUGCUGUGCUCAUUGCUGCUGAUGUGCCUCCCGAUGGGCCUUUCCCUCAGGAUGAGAAGAUAAAAGAUGCAUACUCCCACGUGGUGGAGAAUACUGCCUUCUUCGGGGACGUCGUCCUGCGCUUCCCCAAGAUUGUGCACCACUAUUUCGACCGCAACUCCAACUGGAACAGCCUCAUCCGCUGGGGCAUCGGCUUCUGCAACCUGACGGGUGUGUUCGAGCAGGGACCCCAGUCCCAGGUCCUGCGGCUGAUGGCUCAGGAGCUGGGAAUCAGUGAGAAAUCGCCCGAUUACCGCAAUCCCUUUAAAACGGACCACUCAGAGUUUUUCCCCAGUGCCGACACCUUUCAGAAGGCGCUGAGGGACGAGGAGAAGAGGAGGAAGAAGGAGGAGAAGCGGAAGGAGAUCCAAGGGCCGCGCAUCUCCCGCUCACAGUCGGAGCUGUAGCGUGCAGGGGCUCGCACCUUGCAGUGGGGGUGACUCCACUGGGACACAGAGUGGCUCGCUCCCUCUCGGCAGCCUUGGGCCAGUUCCUGGCAGUCCCCUUUCCGUUUGUGCCGUGGGUUUUGUUUCGUUGCCUUUCCCUUUUGUU